AUGGCCAAAGUUAAAAAAGAAGUCGCCCGCAUUUCUCCGCAAACACGAGAACAAUGGAUUUUGUACAUCGACGGCACUUCCAAUGCAUCUGGAUCUGGACUGGGACUCGUACUCGAGGUUCCGACAGACGAAGUAAUUUGCCAGUCUAUAAGGUGCCCGGACAUGACUAAUAAUGAGGCAGAGUAUGAGGUCGUGAUUGCAAGAUUAAGGCUAGCUCUCAAGUACGGAGCGAGACAGGUCAUCCUACGUUGCGACUCACAGCUCGUUGUCAACCAAUUCAUAGGGACUUUCCAGAUCAAAGAGCAAAGGCUGCAAAAAUACCAAGCUAAAAUCUACAAAUUACUGCCAGAGCUUGAUGAAUACCAGCUUGACUAA